AUGAGUGGGUGUAAACCUCUUGCUAUUCCUAUGCCUCAAAAUCUUAAAUUGUUGCCUCAUGAUGAAAGAAAGGGUAAGGAAGAUGAGUUACUUGGCAAUCCAAAGAGGUAUAGAAAGUUGAUUGGCGCACAUGGUAGCAGCAAAAGGGUUGUAAGAUAUCUGAAGGGGUGUCCUGUAAUGGGACUACUUAUUAGCUCAGAAGGAGAACCAGUGCUGGAAUGUUUCUGUGAUUCAGACUGGGCUUCCUAUGGAAUUACCAGGAGAUUAGUAACAAGCUAUCUGUUGAAAUUUGGUGGCUCUUCAGUAAUGUGGAAAGCAAAGAAGCAGAGCACAGUGUCAAAAUUUUUAGCAGAAGCUGAAUAUAGAGCUCUCAGCAUGGCUACAUUUGAGAUAGUUUCGACAAGAGUAUUGCUUUGA